AUGUCAAAAAAGGUCCUCGACCUGGAAAAGGGAAAUUCUUACCUAACGGAGAAAGUCAAGGCACUUGAAAAUACCAUCAAAUAUCUACAACUUUGUUCCCGUAGCUCCACUAUAGAGAUCAGAAAUGUCCCCGUUAAAGACAAUGAAACACUUGACGACCUAGUAUCUGUUGUUACUGGAAUUGGGAAAAUAAUCGACGAAUCCAGCAGACCUCAGGGAUUUGCGACGGAUGCCCGGAAAACAGGGUGUACCAAAACCAAUUCUGGCAGAAUUCGCAAAUGUCAACGUUAA